AUGACUCAUAAACGCCAAUUAUCUACAGACGAUAUGAUCAAAAAGAAGCCACGGUCAACGAAAUCAGUCCGGUUUAUUGAUCAACCAGUGAUCUAUUACACCUAUUCAGCCAGUGAUUACAACCGAGCUGCUGAAUCACACGUACUCUACAAACUCAAUCCUCGUCUUCUUCCCCAACUCUCAGUCGAUAUCCCAACCUACACUCCUACCAACCCAACCGAUCCAAACGAUCCAAAUCACCAAAGCCCCAGUCCAGACAGUCUGGCCAGUCCAGAAACACCAAGUGACUCCACCUCCCUGCCCACAAAUUGCCAACUACUGCCAUUACCAUCCUCUAUCCCAAUGCCCCACAAAAUCUCCAAAAAGGACCGUCCAAGGCUAUCAAUCAAUACAACCAUGUGUGCAGGUCCUCUCUUCUUCACUCGAUUAUCAACCCACCCAUCAAAAAGAAGCAUAUGGGCCAGUAAUACUCCAGACGAUGAAGAUGAUUCUAGUUACCUUGUCCCAAUCUCAGCCACAGUACUUUAA